AUGGCGCGAUUCCAGAUCAUGUCCGAUUUGCACUUGGAGGCACCAGCAGCGUAUGAUGUCUUCUCCAUCACUCCAAAAGCGCCCUACCUCGCCCUCCUCGGCGACAUCGGCAACAUCAAGGACGAGGGGUUCUUUCACUUCCUCGAGGCGCAACUCCUCAAGUUUGAGCAAGUCUUCUUCCUGCUCGGCAAUCACGAACCAUAUCACUCCAGCUGGGCCAAGGUCAAGACGAAGCUCCAGGACUUCGCCGAGAAGAUCGAGCAACGUCGUGCCGCAAAGAAAGGGAAUGACGGCCGGCUGGGCAAACUGAUCGUUCUCGACCAGACCAGAUACGACCUGUCGUCCGAAGUGACAAUCCUAGGCUGCACGCUGUACUCGCAGGUGCUCUCGUCUCAGCACGACCGCGUGAGCUUCGGCCUGAACGACUUCUACCACAUUGAGGACUGGACCGUCGAGCAGCACUGCGCCGAGCACAAGGCCGACUUGGAGUGGCUGAACGCCCAAGUCGCCGAGAUAUCAGCGCGCGAACCCAACUGCAAGAUCGUCAUCUUCACCCACCACAGCCCGAGCACCAUCGAGGGUACCUAUAACCCGGCGUACAAGUCCAGCCCCAUCUCUUCGGGCUUCUCCACCGACCUCUCUAAGGAGGAGUGCUGGGUCAAUCCGAGCGUGAAGUUCUGGGCCUACGGCCACACGCAUUUCAACUGCGACUUCGAGGACCCUGCCACCAAGACGAGGCUGGUCAGUAAUCAGCGCGGCUACUACUUUGCGCAGGCGGCCGUCUUCAAUCCUGACCGGGUCUACGAGUUGGAGUAG